GUCUGGGCUCGCCCUCGGCCGCCAUGGAGUCCCUGUCCCCGGCCUCCACGCCCAGCUGGAACGCCUCGGCCACAGCUGCCUCGGGGGGCAGCGGCAACGAGACGCUGGCGGGGGCGGCCCCCAUGGCGGGGGCCCGGGUGGUGCUGGUGCCGCUGUUGUACCUGCUGGUGUGUGGCGCGGGGCUGGCCGGCAACACGCUGGUGGUCUUCGCGGUGCUACGGCACGCCCAGAUGCGGACGGCCACCAACAUCUACAUCCUCAACCUGGCAGUGGCCGACAUCCUGCUGCUGCUGGGGCUGCCCUUCCUGGCCACGCAGAACACUCUCUCCUACUGGCCCUUCGGCGCCCCCCUCUGCCGGCUGCUCAUGGCGUUGGACGGCGUCAACCAGUUCACCAGCGUCUUCUGCCUGACCGUCAUGAGCGUCGACCGCUACUUGGCCGUGGUCCACCCCCUGCGUGCCGCCCGCUGGCGCCGGCCCCACGUGGCCAAGCUGGCCAGCGCCGCCGUCUGGGCCUCGGCGCUGCUUGUGUCCCUGCCUGUGCUGGUCUUCGCCGACGUGCAGGAGGGCUGGGGCACCUGCAACCUCAGCUGGCCGGAGCCCGCGGGGCGGUGGGCUGCUGCCUUUGUCAUCUACACGGCCGUGCUGGGCUUUUUCGGGCCGCUGCUGGUCAUCUGUCUGUGCUACCUGCUCAUUGUGGCCAAGGUGAGGGUGGUGGGCGAGCGUGCCGGCUGCUCGCGGCGGCGGCGCGCGGAGCGCAAGGUGACACGCAUGGUGGUGAUAGUGGUGGCGGUGUUUGUGGGCUGCUGGCUGCCCUUCUUUGUAGUCAACCUCGUCAACCUGGCCUUCGCCCUGCCCGAGGAGCCCGCUGCAUUCGGCCUCUACUUCUCUGCGGUUAUCCUGUCCUACGCCAACAGCUGCGCCAACCCUGUCCUCUACGGCUUCCUCUCUGACAACUUCCGCCAGAGCUUCCGGAAUGUUCUGUGCCUCCACAAAGGCAAGCGCACCAAGGAUGCAGAUGGCCCUGAGCCGCGCCCCGACAAGAGUGGGCGGCGGCAGGAGGCCGCGCCGCCCCUGCGCGAGGCCACACCACACCUGUGCAGCGCUGGGACCAAUGGGCUCCUGCAGACCAGUGAGCUGUGAGGGCCGCAGGGGACUCAGCCCUGUGGCCUGGUGCCCAGAUUCUCCUGGGGCAGUGUGUGGACAGGGUCAUCCAAGAGAGACCAUGCACACUGGGUGGCCGCAGCCACAGGUCCCACAGCCUGUCCUGUGCAGGGUCGAGUCGUGACUUGCUCGGACCUGCCCUCUUCCAGUCCUUCCCACUCUCUGCCAGCCCAGGCCGGAGGCAGUUUUCUGAAGGCAGCUGGGAAUGCGUCCUCCCGACCCUGGUCUGGGCUGGCGAGCUGUCCGCUGGCCACAUGCAGGCUGCCUGGCCCCAUGCCAGCUCCAUGUCCCCGGCACCCUCCUGGUACCGCGAUGUGACAGAAAAGGACCUUGCAGCCAGACCCACUCUGCCCUGCAUCCCGGCCAGCCCUGCCGUCUGUAACCUGCCUUCAGAGUGGGCAGCAAGCAGGGCCCUGCGGCCUACACAGGUGACAGUUUCCCAGGCCUCGUGGGCCCCACCUGUCUGCCGGCCUGGCCCCAAGCCAGGAAGUGAGGGGCUGGGGCUGCAGCCUGGCUCAGCCUGGGCUUCUCUUCAAGGACGGCGUCUGGCUCCGAGGUACAGCUGGGGACGGAGGGCCUGGCCCCCGGCUCGUCAGCUCAGGGUGCUGUGAUUGGUUGCCAUGCUGGAUUGGUUCUGUCCAGAGGUCUUAGCACAAGGGCACCGGGGAGGAGGCACCCCUGAGGCCUGGGAGCAGGAGGCCGGGAACCCACAGUCGCGUCUCUGCAGCAGGCGGGGCUCUGGGCUCAGGAGGGUGUCAUACAGGAGCAGAGAGGAGGCACUGCAGUGGAACUGCUCCCCGCGGGACAGCAGCACCGGGCUGGAGUGCCACGCCAUGUGGCAGGCUAAGCGCAGUGGAUGCCAGGCCCUCGGGGCGUGCACCCAGCCCUCAGAAUCCCAGCCACUCCUGCCGCCUGGGACCCCUAACCCUAGCCCGCGUGGGCUCCGGGGGUGCACACCAGGCCUUUCUGAGGCUGGAGGGAGGAAGACCAGGGUGUAGCCUCACUCAACCACAGGCCCCUUGGGCAGGAUAGCUCCACUGGCCCAGGGAGACCUGAGGGGUGGCCAGCGGG